AUGACGCAAAAUGACGAGGAAAACACAGCACCAAAAACAGUGAAUCUUACAGCGAAUAUGACAGGGAAUGGCAGUGAUGUGGAUGUCUUGAUACAUAAUAUUUGGUCAUACAUACUCGAUAAUUCUGACGAAAUACCUCCAACGUAUGAAGCGAAAUAUCUUCUUGCGGUUCUCGAUAAAGCAGAAAGAAUUUUGGAACAAGAGCCAACUGUUCUGGAUCUUCAGGGUCCCUUAACGAUAAUUGGCGAUAUACAGGGACAUGGUGAUUCACUGCUGACACUCUUUUCACUCACCUCAAAAUUAUCAAAUCAACGAUUCUUACUUCUCGGCAAUUAUUCAGGUAAUGGAUUUGCAUCGCAUGAAUGUUUGUUCUUAUUGUUGGCUUUGAAGAUUCGAUAUCCGAGGAAAAUUUUCCUCCUCAGAGGAAAUAUGGAAGAAUGUGAAAAUGCAAAAGCGCAUUUCUUUAUCGAAGGUUUAGCCGUUCGGAAUCUAAUGACAACUGUGUUGAUAUGGUUAUCGUGUGAACGUAUUUUUGGUCUGUUUCCAUUGGCUGCAUCAGUUGACAAUCGUCUAUUCUGCUGUCACGGAGGCAUUGGACAGUACACCCUCAUUUAUGGCAUCAAAACACUCAGAAACAUUCAACGACCACCUGUUUUGCCGAAAGAACUUGCCAUAACCAAGGAACUACUUUGGAGUUGUUAUGAUAGUAAUGGUGAUGAAAAUGAAUCCAAGGAUAAUGUACCACAUUUCAAUGACAUACAGAUUGAAGAUUUCUGCCUAAAAAAUUCAUUUCGCAUGAUAAUCAGAAGUCGGCAGCUAGUAUAUGAUGGUAUCCUGAACGUAUCACCACGUCUGAUGAUAAUUUGGUCAGCGGUAUCAUUUCUUGACAGUUUCAAUAAUGCGGCUGCAGCAUUGGUACUUGAUGAGUCAUGCGAAAAGGGAACAGUGUUCAGUUAUAGUCUUUAUGAAUGUGAACCAAAAUCAUUGGAUGACACUAAGCCAGCCGGUGGACGAAGUUCACUCGCUGGUCCAUGA